UUUCCAUGCCCUCCAACAAGGCCAUACAGAUGUAGAAACAACAGGGUUUGUCUGAGACCUGAGCAGAUUUGCAAUGAGGUUGAUGACUGUGGUGAUAACUCGGAUGAAGAUCACUGUGAUAAAAUCACGUAUAAAGCAAGACCGUGUAAAAAAGAUGAAUUUACUUGUAAUGAUAAGAAAUGUAUUCCAAUGGAGCUACAGUGUGAUUGGUUUGAUGACUGUGGAGAUGGUUCGGAUGAGCAAGACUGCAAAAUAAGUGUCACAGAAUAUACAUGUGAGGAUAACGUGAACCCUUGUGGAGAUGAUGCAUACUGUAAUCAAACAAAAACAUCCCUACUAUGUCAGUGCAAGCCUGGAUUUCAGAGAAAUGAGAGAAAUAGACAAUGUGAAGACAUCAAUGAAUGUAUGGUAUUUGGUGCCUGCUCCCAGCACUGCAAUAAUGUUAAAGGCUCAUACAGAUGUGCAUGUGAGAAAAAUUAUAAGGAAUGGAAUAACAGUUGUAAAGCAAAAGGCUCUGAAGAACAAGUUCUCUAUGUUGCUAAUGACACUGACAUCCUGGGUUUUGCAUAUCCAUUCAACUACAGUGAUGUUCAUCAACAAAUAUCACAUAUUGAACAUAAUUCAAGGAUAACUGGAAUGGAUGCAUAUUUUCAAGGGAACAUGAUUGUUUGGAGUACUCAGUUUAAUCCUGGAGGAAUUUUCUACAAAAAACUUCAUGAUGAAGAGAAAAGGCAAAGUAACAGUGGUUUGAUAGUAGAUUCUGGUGAAGGUAUUUCAUCCAAAUCAUACAAAGGUUUUGACAAAUCUGUAUGUAGAAAAUAUACCGAUGACUGA